CAAACUUUGUAAAGAGAAUAAGGUGAUUAUGAUUUCAUAGAAGAGAAAUAAGCAUGAUGUAUGGUGAAAACAAUGAAAGUUUGAAGUUUGGUUGAAUGAAUAUGUGUGAGCAGGGAAAAAAUACAUUUGUAACAAAAAAGUUUGGAGUUUCCCAAAAAGGGUUUUUUCAGAUAAAGAAAGGUUGACUGAAGGUUUUUUUAUUUACUUAAAUAUUUCUAUAUUUAAUUUAUAUAUUGAUUGUUUAUUAUUUAUUUUCCUAUUUAUUAUUUGUAUAUUUAGGACUUUAUUUCUCAAAGAUCUUUUAAUUUUUAGGUCUGUGUAUGUAUACGCAUCAAAAUAAAUAUAUUAAAAGAAAGGAAAAUAUAUAAUUAUGAACGAAAAUAAAAAAGCUUUACAACAAAAAGAAAAUCUUCACUUUUAUAAUAACCUGCAGCAUUUUUUUAUUUUUUAUCAAGCUUUCUUUUCAAAAAUGACGUUAACCACGAAAUGCUGAAAAGCAUUGUGUUUAUAGCGCUGAGAAAAAUAAUACUAAUAACAAAAUUCAGCGAAGUUUCAUUCAUUAACCUAUUAAUAUAGCUAUUGAUAUAAUAUUGGGUAUGUGAUUAUACGUAGACUUAUAAAUUUUUCUAUCAGGAUAGAUCAGUAAUUAUGAAUAACAGAAUAGUUAUAUAUAAAGGAUGAAGAAAACUAUAAACAAAAAUACUUCAGAUAUCCACAAAGUUACUAGGAGUUUCUCCACUGUUUUGGAUUUUGGCAUUUUGCUCUAAUGUAAACAAGUAAAAAUGAAAGAAGUCAAAAGAAAAGACUACAGUUAGAUUGAUAUAUUUUCAAGAAAUAGUUUGACUAAUAUCUAAAAUUAGUUAUGAACAAAACGAUAUGAAGCAAUUUUGAAAUUUAUUAAAAAAAAAUAUUUCUUUUAAAUACUAAGAAAGAAAGAUAUUGCACGUUUAUUAGGAAUGUAUUUUUUAUUCUUGUGAUCUAUUUAUUUCUCAGUUUUGAUUGUCCCAAAUCAUAUUAGCCGGGUAUAACACAGAAGUCGGUCGCUCACAAAAUCUAUAAGAUAUAUUGUAUGCAAAUAUAAUGUGUCUCAAACAGCACCACUUCUUCCUCCAGUUAAAAAGGAUAUGAUCAUUUUUUGUGCAUAGUAUAAAUUAUUCAAAACAAACAAAAAGAAAUAUAAAAAAAGGCUUUUUUUAAAAAAAUGUUUUUAUCAACACGAAAAACAGUAAAACAUUUGUAAAGUUUUAUUUAUCACGUUUCAAAAAGAAUCCAAUCAUCAAAGUCUCUGGCAUAUCAUUUAGCAGAUAAAUUCAUGUGGGUGAAGCAACCAUUCACUUACUUAACAGUAACCAGUCUGAUGAUGGGUUCUACACGAUGUACUAGAAAUUAGAUCCUGUUACACGACAACAUUAAUUGCAUAUUCUUAAAUUUGUAGAUCAUAUAAAUAGAACUUCACUUUUACUUAGUUUCAAACAAACUGACUUUUAUUUAAACAACCCUUGCACAUGCAGAGUAUGUUUGAAUGUUUGUAUUCUGUAAUAAAAAUUUAUAACAGUAAAAAAAUCUCAGAGAAGUGAGAGAACGUAAAUGCUGAAUAAGCAGAACAGAAUAGUUAUGAAUGGAAUGACAACAAAGUCGACAAAAGACACUAAAAGUUAUACCACAGACCCUCUGCUUAUUUACAUCUGUGGAAGCGCGGAAAGCGACACUAAAACAGCUUUACGUGACGGGCUGUCCAAUUACAGUUUUGUAAGAUGCAACUUGAGCACAUCGAACAAACACAAUUUCACAGAAAACUGCAUUGCUAUUGUAAAUGCCAAAUUAUUUAUUUUUAUAUUGGACAGAAAAUCCAUCAUGAGCACUGAAUGCCUAAGUUUGCUAGGUACAGCUGUAGCUUAUGACAUACCAGUGGUGGCUGUUCGAGAAAUUGGAUAUGCAUUACCCUUAACGCUACCGAAACAAUAUGCAUCAACGGAAAUCAUAGAUCGUUCCCGAAUAAAUGAACAUUCCAUCAAAAAUGAACAUUUGGCAACAAUUACAACACUGGAUCAAAUAUUGAAAACAUUAUCUACUCAAACUAUUAUUUAUCACGAGCACAUACACAGCAAAUGCGUGAAAACAAUUUUACAUAUUGCAAAAACAAAAAGCAAAAGCAUAUCUUUUUUUGAUCAAUACAGGACUCAUUACAUAAACGAGAAAGCACCUUCACCAGAACAAAACACGCCAAUGACAACUUUGAUUAUAGAGCCAUGGCCUCCAAAAUAUGACGUCAGAGCAGCAAACACAACUGCUAAGAAAUCUACUGACAAGCACAACCAUAAACAAACAAAUAAUGUAAUUAUACAGAAACAAAAGCUUAAACAUUCACUAGACUUAAAUGAACACAAAAACAAAAAAGUGUCGUCAACACCAUCACCAAAACAAGUAAGAAAAGUUAAAAGCAACAAAAAUUCUCCUUCAGAUAUAAAGUUCUCUUCUUCUAGUGAGCCAAUAAAAGCAUUUAGAGAUACCACAAAAGAAUCCAAAAAUGAUAAUGGUGAAAAAAAUUCACACGAAGGAGAAAAUAAACACAUACCAAUCAGAAAAUUUCGAUCAAAUACGCUCACUAAACCUAUUGAACCACCAAGAGGCAUUAUACGACGACAGUCAAGUCUUCCAAACAUUGCAACAAAUUAUUUAGUAACGGAUCCAGUAAAAAGCGAACCAACAAUCUACCAUUUUCCAAUGUCACCAAGACUAACUGUACGCUUAACUAACACGUAUGUAUCACCAAGAUCGAGUCUUUUGGGAGAUGCUGAACAAAUUCAUUUAUCUCGCAUAUGUUCACCAAUUGAUUUUGUAGGGGAAGAUAUAUAGAAAUGUGUAAGCUUUCUGAUAUUGUGAAAUGAAAUUCCCACCCAAUAAAAAUAAAAAUGGCUGCUGUGUAAUUUAUCUCUACCGUUAUAGAAAUUGAAUAUUUAUUUAACAAUAAACUUGUAAUUUUUAUUCAUUUCUAAACAUGGUAGGGUUGAA